AUGGAUUAUAAUACUUUAUUAAAAUAUAUUUAUAAUGAAGAACAUAUAAUUUCAAAAAUUAAGCCAUAUGAUGAAACUAUCGAUAUUGAAUUACAAUGGCCAAGUUAUAAUUUAAUUUUAAUAAAUAAUCAAAUAUUUUUACCAUAUAAAAUAAUAUCAUCACAAAAUAUUGAUCGUUUAUUACAACCCAUGUCCAAUAAAACGGCGUCGUAA